CCAUUCAUGACGUGCUCUUUCGUAGGUGGGUUAUAUAUAAACCUGUUUAUGUCUUCUUCUUGCUCUUUUGCAUCUUGUAAGACAUCGUAGAUAUACAUAUCAUUAUACAUGUGCAUAUAAUUAUUAUACUUUUUUUUUCGUUGCACAUGAAUUUAUGCUACUGAGUGACGCAAAGUGAAAAGAAGUACGUGAAAGUUUAUUUUGUCUCAGUACGCGUAUAUUUUCAAAUAUUUGAGAAACUUCUAAAUCAUCUUAAAGAUGAUGUGUUCAACGACAAUUCGAUACGGUAUAUUUGUUUUAUGCUUUGUUGUAUUGUUUGCCACUACACUGGGCUUAUACGAAACUGCACCGCACAUAAUAGUCGUCAUGGCUGAUGAUUUGGGAUGGAAUGACGUCAGUUUUCACGGUUCGGAUCAGAUACCGACUCCGAAUAUAGAUGCUUUGGGAUAUAAUGGAAUUAUAUUAAAUAGGCAUUAUGUCUUACCAUCCAGCACACCUUCUAGAACUGCCUUUUUUACUGGACAGUAUCCGAUACGUUUGGGUAUGCAGGGAGAAGGUAUACAGGGUGGUGAACCUAGAGGGAUUCCUCUCAAUGUGAGAUUAUUACCAGAAUAUUUACGAGGUUUAGGAUACACGACAAAACUUAUCGGAAAGUGGCAUUUGGGAUACUACACACUUCAACAUACCCCUUUACAUAGAGGUUUCGAUUCCUUCCUUGGCUUUUAUAAUAGUCAUGUUUCGUACUAUGACUAUAAGUACUCGUUUCAGAACAUGAGCGGAUACGAUAUGCAUCGUGGCGAUGCUCCAGCUUAUGGAUCAAGUGAUAAAUACGUGACUGACCUUUUCACCGACGAAGCGAUCAGAAUCAUUCAGUAUCACGAGUCAUCUCGACCGCUCUAUCUUCAAAUCUCGCAUCUCGCUGUUCACGCGCCUGUCGAAAGUCCACACGAUUACAACAACUACGAUAGACAGUUCAUACAUAUUCGAGAAAUAAAUCGCCGCAACUAUGCUAGAACGGUAUCGCGAUUAGAUAAUUCCGUUGGUCGUAUCGUUCAAGCCUUAGGUAGCAGAGGAAUGUUAAAGGAUUCGUUGAUCCUCUUUCUAACUGACAACGGUGCAGCAUCCAUUGGCAAAUUCCGCAAUUAUGGUUCUAAUUAUCCCUUACGAGGUAUGAAAUAUACGCUGUAUGAAGGAGGUGUGAGAGGAAUCGCCGUAUUGUGGUCACCAAGAUUGCAUAAGACAGCACGUGUAUGCGACGAUCUGAUGCAUGUAACCGACUGGUUGCCCACUCUGUAUUCUAUCGCUGGUGGUAAUGUGAAAGAUUUAGGAGAGAUCGAUGGAGUCAAUCAGUGGUGCAUGUUGAAUGGCAGUUUGCCGAGUGCCAGGGACAAAAUAUUACUUAACAUCGACGAGAUCUCCAAGACUGAAGGCGCCAUAUACAAGCAAUUCAAGCUCGUUCGGGGAUCAAUUGAGGGCGGACACUAUGAUGGACAUUAUAGUCACGAUAUUAACUCUAAUAAUUUCGAAAGAUUCUCGCCUUAUGAACCCAGAAAAAGCAUACAAGAGGAUACGCCGUAUAUAUAUACUGACAUUGUUUUGAAAAGCGUGGUGUCGGAAAGCAUCGCUCGUCAUCUGGGUGAUCCGGUCACUCAACCUAGUACAAUGAUUCAGUUACGGAGCGAAGCAACUGUUAAUUGUAAACCUAAUAAAAACUACAGUUUCCUUACAUGCAACGUCACCGAGUGUCUCUUCGAUAUCAAUAAUGAUCCCUGCGAAAUGAAGAAUAUCGCCGAGCAAUAUUCAAGGAUCUCUCGGGAACUGGACCAAUUUUUGGAACAGUAUGGGCGUAUCAUUAAGAGACAAAUCAAAAUACCAAUAGACUGGCAGGCAGAUCCAAGAAGAACAAACAAUACGUGGGAACCGUGGCUAAUAUCGAAUAGUGAACAUGAAAUGAUGAUUCUGAACAAUUCAGCGGCUCAAUUGGCCAAUUUGAUGUAUUGUGUUCACAUCGCGAUUAUUCUCGUAACAAUCACGUGCAAUAGUUUUAUUUAAACAAGUGUACGCAAAACAUACACGCGAUCAUCUAUUUAUCGCGAUAUUAUUUAUUUGAUUAGUUGAUCAAUUUACGCGGAAUCAAUUUAUCGAUUUGAUGUAAUAGAACUUUCUGUAUUUUAGUGUAAUAAUAGUUUCUCUUUUCCUUCAUAA